AUGUUGAAGGCUGGUAUUCUACAUUGUCUGCGAAAAAAAUCCCAAUCCGAACUGCUCCGUAAUCUGGUAAGGUUUGACUUAGUAUCGGCUGUACUGAAAAGGAACCUGGCCGAGAACAUAAAGCAACUUGCUACUUUGUCUAUAUAUCGGGCUAUGUUGUGCGAGCUCAUGCAGCAAAAUAUGACAAACGAGUCGGGUUCAUUCUCUUCGUCGAGUAUGGAGAUGAGUCCGCAAGUCGAUGUCUAA